GGCUGCCGGGAACGGGGCGGAGCGCGGCCGCGCCGGCGCGUCGAGGGGGAGAGGCAGCCGCCGCGAUGGACGUGUUCCUCAUGAUCCGGCGCCACAAGACCACCAUCUUCACGGACGCCAAGGAGUCGAGCACCGUGUUCGAGCUGAAGCGCAUCGUCGAGGGUAUCCUCAAGCGGCCGCCGGAUGAGCAGCGGCUGUACAAGGACGACCAGCUUCUGGACGACGGCAAGACGUUGGGCGAGUGUGGCUUCACCAGUCAGACAGCACGGCCUCAGGCCCCCGCCACUGUGGGGCUAGCCUUCAGGGCAGAUGAGGCAUUCGAGGCCCUGCGCAUCGAGCCCUUUUCCAGCCCACCUGAGCUGCCAGAUGUGAUGAAGCCACAGGACUCAGGAAGCAGCGCCAACGAACAGGCUGUGCAGUGAGAGGUCUCCCCACCUGUCCCCUCUCAAUAAAAGAUUUGGGUGUCCA